AUGGGCAAGUUUGACAUGCCAGCAACGCUCAACUAUGCUCUGGAGACAUCGGGACGGGAGACACUGGCUCUUGUAGGGUAUUCGCAGGGGUCAACUCAGGCAUUCUUCGCGUUUGCUGCAAAAACCAGACCCUCGCUCGAUCCGUGUCCUAUUGUGCGGCUCUGGGAUCUGUUGCCUGGCUAG